AAACCCGUUUGGUGGUUUUGCUUGUCACGCGAGAGCCUGCCCUAGCACCCGGAUUACAAACCCACCGGCGAGCGGCGAAAUCGGAGGCGACUCGCCGAGGGUUCCCGAUCCUCCGCCUUCUCGCCCGCUCCCCUACCGCCGCUGCUCCUCACCGCCGGCGACAGGCGGGACACCGCGGUCCAGCGCCCCCUCCCCCCCCUCCCCUCCGGAAGCCUCUUCGGUCUUCGCUAAUCGGGAGGCGUCGCCCCGCCCCGGCUCCCGGCCCCGCGCCCUCCGCCGAACUCUACUAGCACUGGGCUGGCGCGGACUGGAGCGGAGAUCGGUUCCGUGCCAUGUUGGUGAAGAUGCAAUUCGUGUAGAUCAAGCUCCAAUCUGAUGGAUUCUGAUGAAAAGAAGUUUGGAAAAGGGCCUAGGGAGCUCACUGGUGCUGUUGAUUUAAUCAGCCACUACAAACUGCUCCCGCACCAUGAUUUCUUUUGCAAGAAACCUUUGCCACUGGCAAUCUCAGAUACACAUUAUCUUCAUAAUGUCGUGGGAGACACUGAAAUUCGCAAAGGAGAAGGUAUGGAGCUGGAUCAACUCGUUCAGAAUGCAUAUUUGAGGAAUAAGCCUGCUUCUAUUCAGCCCUUUGAUAUGGAAAUACUGGGGCAAGCAUUCCAGCUUCGAGAAACAGCUCCAGUAGAUUUGCCCUCUGCUGAAAAGGGUAUACCUACUAUUUCGGGUAAACCGAAAAGUGAGUCCAAGGACAAAGAGAAGAAACAUAAAAAGCACAAAGACAAAGACAGGGAUAAAGAUAAGGAGCAUAAGAAGCAUAAACAUCGGCAUAAAGACCGGAGUAAGGAUAAAGAUAAAGACAAGGAUAAAGAUAAGAAAAAGGAUAAAAGUGGGCAUCAUGAUUCUGGUGGCGAUCAUUCAAAGAAACAUCAUGAUAAGAAGAGGAAGCACGAGGGAAUGGAGGACUCGGCGGAUGUGCAUAAGCACAAGAAGAGUAAGCACAAGAGUUCCAAAACCGAUGAAAUGGGGAAUGGACUUAGUUAACUACACUUCCUAGUUCUAGUCGUCAAUCCUUGUAACUUCCUGUUAAAAGGAAAUUCCGCUGGUUUCUGUCAUCAAAACUCUGCAGAAUAGUGGUAUCAUUAUCAUGAACUGAACCUGUUUGAUAAGAACACCAUAAUUGAGGUUGACUUGCAGCGUCGAUUCUGAUGCAAGUUGUAUUUGCUAAUAGGGGACUAAUCCAUUGUACCAUUGCGACUUUCUGUUCCUCCCUGAAGAACUGGUUGUAGGAACACUUGAAAGGACUUGCAACAAGAUUGUUUCGAUUACUAGGGCUAGUGCACCCUUCAAAAAUAGGUCUCUAACUGAACUCGUGAUGUAGUUGAGUACAUUGAGUAGUGGCGGAUAGAUAUAGAAUGCGCAGCCUAGAGAUGUAGUUGAGAGCAGGGAAUCAAAGCAUGUUUGUGUUUGCGGCGCCAAUCUUGAUUCAUAGAAUGGGAUGAUUUGCUGUUUAAUCAGUAGCUAAAUGCUGGUCGUCAGUCCCAAGUUUUUCUUAUGUGGCAAGUGUGUUUCUUUGGCAAACUGUGGCUGAUCCAUAUGGAUGGAAGGAAUAGGGUCAAAUGAGCCCAGUGCUCCUUAUUUAACCAUGAAUAAGGUUUCAUUGCUAAUGAAUGUAUUACAAAGUUUACUACUAGUA